CAAGGGAUAGCUCUGUAACAAAGUAUCAUCCAAGUAACCUGUGCUUAAGAAGGGAAGGGGCAGGUACCAUCUGGAUGGGGCAGAAGUUCUGUGCUCAGGGGCACUGGCAAUAAACCUGCAUAUUCAGGGGUGAUCAUCACAAAAGUUCACCUGUUGACCAGCCAUGGCAACCUCGUUACCUAGAACCCUGGGAGAGCUUCAGCUGUACCGGAUAUUACAACGUGCCAACCUCCUGUCCUAUUUUGAUGCCUUUAUCCAACAGGGAGGGGAUGAUGUCCAGCAGCUCUGUGAAGCAGGAGAAGAGGAGUUCCUUGAGAUAAUGGCAUUGGUUGGAAUGGCCAGUAAACCUCUUCAUGUUAGAAGACUGCAAAAGGCAUUGCGAGAUUGGGUUACUAACCCGAGUCUUUUUAACCAGCCUCUAACCUCCUUACCAGUCAGUAGUAUCCCAAUCUAUAAACUCCCAGAAUCUUCGCCUUCUUUGCUUGGAAUAACCUCAAGCAGUUAUGAAAGGAACAACAAUACCAGGGAACCACACUUAAAGAUCCCAAAGUGUGCAGCAACAACAUGUGUGCAAAGUGUGGGCUCUGGGAAGUCUGAUGGAAAUUCUCCUCUACAGACCAGCAGUGAAGGGCGGCACUGGCCAAGCCACCAUACCACAGAGAGCGAACACAGCCUCUCCCCAGCUGACUUAGGUUCACCUGCAUCCCCUAGAGACACUACUGAAACGCUGGACGCUGCAGCUGCACUCUCUGUUGCUGAAUGUGUUGAACGGUUGAUCCCUUCAUUGCCCAAGAGUGAUUUGAAUGAGGUGAAAGAAUUGUUGAAGACCAACAAGAAGAUGGGGAAGAUGGUUGGACAUAUCUUUGAGAUGUCAAAUGAAGACCCGCGCAGAGAAGAUGAAAUACGCAAAUACAGUGCGAUCUACGGAAGAUUUGACUCCAAAAGAAAGGAUGGGAAGCACCUAACACUUCAUGAGCUAACAGUGAAUGAAGCUGCAGCUCAACUUUGCAUGAAGGAUAUUGCUCUGCUGACCAGGAGGGAUGAGCUUUUUACUCUUGCACGACAGAUCUCCCGGGAAGUCACUUAUAAGUACACAUACAGAACCAGCAAAUCCAAAUGUGAGGACAAUGAUGAGCUGUCACCCAAGAGAAUUAAAACAGAGGACAGCUUCUCAGAUUAUCAGGAGACACUACUAGCUCUUCACCAGCAGCUUGAAUCACUAAAGGAACAACUUACAAUGGCAAAAGCUAAAGGAGAUGAGGCAGCAGCUCACAAUUUGCAGGUACAACUAGAAAAGGUGAUGGCAAAACAGAUGGAGAUUUUCCGUAACUCAGGGUACGAAAGGCUGCAAUAUCCAGAAAGAUGUCUUUCUACAGGACCGUACAGACAAAAUUCAGAGGAAAGCAGUCCCACAGCUAUGGCGUCAGAUAGUUCUGAAGGUCAAGGUGAGAGGCCACUCAAUCUUCGAAUGUCAAAUCAUCAGGGCCGACAGCUACAGCAAGUGAUGUCAGAUGGUGAACAACACUUAGGGAAACAAAUGUGCAAUGAACUCAGCAGAUUAUAUUCAUGCAGUGAGACCAACUCUUCAUCUUCAGAUAGUCUUGGGAUACUAAAAGAUUACUCACAGACAGCCUUAAACAACUCAGAAAGGAAAAUCAUCAAACUAGAGCCAGAAGAUGCCAGAUAGCUGGCCAGACAAUCUGCUCGCCUCAUCGGGAGUUUGACACCGCCACAUGCAAGCCUUAAACUCUUACCAGUGUUGCCUCAUCAAUAUAUAUAUACAAUACCGAAUUCCAAGCCAAAGUUUACAGACUGAUACCAUUGGUCAACAAAAGAUGCGGGACUGCAGAUACAAUCCACGUUACACAUUCCUUUAAAAGCAUUUUACGAUAAGACGGCUCACAAAUUAAUACAGUGGGUUUCCAAUAUUUAAGAUUGUAAAAUGUAAUUUUUUUGUGUAAAUUAUAAAACGUAUAGGUGUUAAAACAUGUAUUCAAUUAAAAAAAAAACAUGAAUACAGAACAUUUUACUUGAAAUUUCCGUGUCUAUUGUACUUUAGAAACUAAUAUUACUCAUAUUAGUGUAGAGAUUUUCUUGAUAUUACAGGAAAGAGAUUUAGACUGGCACAAUAAUAAGCUUGCAAUAAGACAAUAGUGAAUGAAUAUAUGUUAGUAAGUAGAGGGUCUUAUGUGGAUCGUAUGUCUAUGUCAUAAAUAGGUUACGUGUAAUAUUUAAGUACUGUGAAAAGUCCUAUUUUUGCAACCUGCUCUGAUGUUUUAGAGUCUUGUUUAGCAGAAUAACAUUUUAUUAUGCCAUACCCAGAAGCCUUUGCUGUUUUUGUCUUUAGCUCAACCUGUAUAUGUACCUACCUGUAUAUGAAACACAAAUAAUCAUAUCA